UAGAGAAGGCUGCACCACUCACCAGCUCCUCCAAGUUUUUUCAGUCAUGUCCGCAACCUACGACAGAUCCUCUGCCAUCAAGGCCUUCGAUGAGUCCAGGACCGGCGUCAAAGGCCUCGUCGACGCAGGCCUCGACGAGCUCCCAGCUUUCUUCGUCGCUCCACCUAUCCAAGUCGAGCCCAAAUCCACAUCCAACCACCAAAUUCCUAUCGUAGAUCUUAAGGAUGUACGGGCCGAUGAAUCACGGAGGAAGCAAGCGGUGGAGGAGUUGAUGCACGCUGCGACGACGUAUGGCUUCUUUCAAGUGGUGAAUCACGGAAUUGCAGGGGACGUGCUCGACGCAAUGCUCCAAGGUGUGACGCAGUUCCAUGAGGGGCCGAUUGAGGUGAAGAAGCAGUACUACACGAGAGAUUUGAGGAAGAAGGUGCGCUUCAAUAGCAACUUCGAUCUCUACGUUUCGAGAGUAGCCAAUUGGAGGGAUACUCUGUCCUGUACCAUGGCGCCGGAGCCUCCACAAUUGGAGGAAUUGCCCGACGCAUGCAGAGAUAUUAUCUUCCAGUUCGCAAAUCACAUUCAAAGCUUGGGAACACUUCUGUUGGAGUUGUUUUCUGAGGCUCUUGGCCUCCGUAGUGAUCAUUUGAUACAGAUGGAGUGUGACAAAGGACUUUAUAUUCUAGGUCAGUACUACCCACCCUGCCCACAGCCAGACCUCACUCUUGGAGCCAGCAAGCAUACUGAUCCUGAUUUCAUCACCAUCCUUCUACAAGAUCAGAUUGGUGGCCUUCAAGUAAUGCACCAAAACCAGUGGCUUGAUGUCCCUCCCUCUACAGGAGCUUUAGUUGUAAAUAUUGGAGACCUUUUGCAGGAAACCCAGCAAGGAAUAUCAGAACAACGUCAUAAAAGAAGAUUGCAACAAGAUUAUAUUCCUGAAUCAGGGAAAUGGAUAAUCAGACUUCAUUUAUCAAAGUUGCAGUUCCACGACAUCAUCAGCGUGAUACCAGGCAGAAUGAAGUUUUGUCACCUGGCUCAGGGAUUAUCAAUCUAUGAAUUCAGAAGUUCUACCACGAGUAAACCCUGCAAGGAGUCUUUGCUUCAACAAAACACAUUGGAUGGAUAUCUCACCUACUAACAAAUGGUCUUUCUUUUGGAGUCUUUGCUUGGAGGAUUUUCAUCAAACUAUUUUUUGGUACCUAAGUUAAAAUUCACUCUUGCUGGUCUUAAGAUAAAACACCAAGGACGUUGUCAACUCUAGGAUAUAAUGAACCUUGACAUCACAUAUAUGCGUUGUAUUUCUGAGGAUGAGACAGGAAUGCACCCCUAUUUCAGCAAUGCAAUAUGGUGCAACAAGAAUGGAACAUCA